UCUUUUCACUGCGCAGGCGUGCCGGAAGUCCCAGGACGGCGCGUGCGCGGAAGGAGCCGCGGCGAAGUGGGAGUGUGAGAGCGUCAGGAGAGGUGCGUGGCACCAUGCUGUCCCCCGAGGCGGAGCGGGUGCUGCGGUACCUGGUCGAGGUGGAGGAGCUGGCCGAGGCCGUGCUGUCGGACAAGCGGCAGAUUGUAGACCUGGACACCAAGAGGAAUCAGAACCGAGAGGGCCUAAGGGCCCUACAGAGGGACCUGAGUGUCUCUGAAGAUGUGAUGGUUUGCUUUGGGAACAUGUUCAUCCAAAUGCCUCACUCUAAGACGAAGGAAAUGAUCCAAAAAGAUCAGGAGCACCUGGAUAAAGAAAUAGAAAGACUCCGCAGUCAACUUAAAGUGAAAGUUAACCGCCUCUUUGAAGCCCAAGGAAAACCGGAGCUGAAAGGUUUUAACCUGAAUCCCCUCAAUCAGGAUGAGCUUAAAGCCCUCAAGGUCAUCUUGAAAGGAUGACAUUCACAGCAGAAUGGGGGACCUGUGACUAGGACUCCCCCAUCCCCAGCCUUGAGACCUGCAAGGACAGGAUUGUCUGUUUAAGGGGACAGGCAUCAGGAAUGUGGCUUCGGUACAAAUCUUUUUCUGUAGUGCUUGGCUGCUUUGUGCAAGAGAGAACCCUUAGUCUGUUCUGUGGGCUUGGCCUGGCCACCAGAGUUUGGACAUAAGACCUAUUGACAAACCCUGGCAGCUGCCAGUAGGUGUGUGGGUGUGUGAGAAUGUCUGCAGCCAACACUUCUCAACAGUAGCCUGCUGUCCAGAUGGGCCUGGCCAGGGAUGAGGAAGAGGGAGGACCAGGAGCUUCAUUCCAGUUUUCUGCACGACGAGGCAUUUUCAGUGUGUGUGGCAACUGUAAUAAAGCAGGAAACUGACUGCUCACUUCUGUGUGAAGCAGACCAGCUGCAGGGUAGACACAUUCAUUUCCCCGCUACUCCACUUCUGUCCUUUUUCCUGCUGGUUUUCUAGUAAAAGUGCUACCAGUCACCCUCUGUGGUUGCUCAUAAGGUAGGAGUCCUUACAGAGUUUUGGCCCGGGGUUGGCAAGCAGUAUCCUUCCUGGUGUGACUCGACAUGGAGCAUCCUCCCAACCUCUGAAAGCAGGCCCUGCCUGACUGGCUCGAGAUCAUAGUGUGAGUGUGGUAUGAGAGCAAAACUAGCCUCUGGUCGCUGCUGCUCAAUAAACAUUAACUGAACAAACAAC